AUGGUUGAAGGUGUUGAGAACGACAUAGACGGCGAACUUGAAGGAGCUCAAACCACAAUUGCAACCAAAAUUGCACAAGUCAAAGAAGAGAUAGCUCCACUUAAAGCUACCAAAGCUACUCUUGACCUCAUGGAUACUUACCGUUUAGAAGUAAAGAGUGGAAUAAGACAAUUAAAAUUGAAACUUC